CCUUGGUGGGCAUAUCUUGGUGCAUUUGUUCUAUGCGUCGUUGGGGAUUGGUUUGCAUAUAUCUUCUUUUACGUACGUAUGUAAAGUAAUCGUUGAGAACAAUUGUUCCUCAGAUUCCACAUCACGAUUAGCUUUUCCUCAUCCAUCGGAGAUUGAAUUUAUUAUUACACUUCUGAACUUCAAAAACAGUUCAAUCGACAAACAGAAAAUGCUAGGUGUUGGAAGGAAACCCCAAUCAAGGUGUGAAUUGUUGAGUAUAGUGAAGGAACAUUCAAAUUUAUUAAGAAAAACCGUAGUAGAUAUUUCACAAGAUACUUUUGAUGUUGAAGUGGAUCAAAAGUUUUGGCAUGAUGUUCUGGAUUCAUAUUUCAUUGGUGGGAGGGAGUCAAAGGAACAACAAGAUGAUGAUCUUUUAUUCUUUGUUAGAGAAAUGAGCUUUCAUGGUCAUGGGUAUGGAUCCAAUGAUAAUUUUGGAAGAAAGUCUUCUUACUUUGUACGCAGGUGGGAUACUAAGUUGGAUGAUUUAGUUGGAGGGAUCACAUUGAAUAUAGAUUGGAGGCGCUCAUUAUACCUGAAUUUAAUUGCCCACACUUCAUAUAGUAUAACAGUGGCAAUUUGCAGUCAUCAGUCUAUUCAGAAUCAUCAAAGUAAUCAACAAACACAACCAUCUCCUAUAUACAAGAUUGUGAAGAAAGUCUAUGCAUCUCCUAGCCGUGUCCAUUUUCACUUAGACUCCCGAAAGGAAGUAGAAACAACACCAGCAUAUCCAGAUAUAUGUUUUGCAAUUGAUGACUUUGAUUCUACUUUCGAAGCCAUGGUUUUGACUGAUGCAGACCAUUGCUACUGUGUGGUUCUAAAUGCAGUUGGAGGGGCAGCAUUUCCUAGUGAAAAGCUUCUAGAAGAUAGUGGCUUGAGGGAAAAUUCUACUCCAAAAAAGCUUACUCUAUUCUCAGGAUUUGUAAGCUAUCAAAUGGUUCGUGAAGCUUAUGAUGUUGGGAAAUCUGGAUUUGGAAGCUUUUUACCUUUUGGUCUUUCUCAUAGCAAAAAAACAGACAGGAUAUACAUGAAAGGUCCUGGAGGUCGUGGGGAAGUUGAGGUGGCAGUUUCUGGUGUUUUAGAUCAAAGUCUAGAUGAAUCUGGUCUUCACUCGCCUUUACAUAUAUCAAGAGGAUUUAAGAUUGGUGCAAUGGUUCGACAAGCUGCAUCUGUUGCUGAGGUGGCAGCAAAGAACGUGUUUGCAGUUAUGUCUUCAACAAGAAAUUCAGAUGGAAGGAAGCUACCCCUUAAAUGUUGCCUCAUGUCCAUUUCACUACCUUGGGAACAUAUUGCUUAUGAUCUUCUUUUUAAGGGAAGUCCUCCAAUUAACUUGUAAGAAAUAUAUUCAAAGAUGAAGGAAUAUAUCGACACUCACUUUCUUGUCUACAAUGUUGAAGAAAAGGAAAGGAGAAGAGGAGAGACAAGUAUGUAUCAGCUUUUAUUGUUUUAUUAUGAGAAGUAUGUAGCAAUGUCAUUUGUUAGCAAAUUUAUAGAUUAAGAGAAAAAAAAACUCAGGUUUUCUUAUUGAUCAGAAAAAAAGAAAUGAUUAUCUUAUUCCUGUUUUUGAGUUGGAGGAAAAGGGAAAGAAAACUGAUAAAUGUAUAAUAUACCUUCUAAUAUUUUGUAAUGGUAAGAAACGUAUAAAUUAACGUAAAAUAGAAUGGUCUUU